AUGGAGGAUCAGUCCAAUCGGGCGCAUCGGCCCUCGAAGGAGAAGAAAAAGUAUGAUGGCCCGAAUCCGAAGGCCUUUGCGUUCUCCAACCCUGGAAAGGGAAACAGACAAGGCGCGCGAUCGCACGAUAUAAAAGAAAAGCGACUGCAUGUGCCUUUGGUGGACCGUCUGCCUGAAGAGGCCCCUCCGCUUGUCGUUACAGUGGUUGGACCGCCGGGGGUUGGAAAAACCACACUGAUCAAGUCCCUCAUUCGUCGCUACACCAAGCAGACUCUCAGUUCUCCGACUGGACCACUGACAGUGGUGACCUCGAAAAAGCGACGCCUCACAUUCCUCGAAUGCCCUUCCGAUUCCCUGGCCAGUAUGAUCGACGUCGCCAAAAUCGCCGACAUUGUGCUUCUCAUGAUCGACGGUAAUUAUGGGUUCGAGAUGGAGACUAUGGAAUUCCUCAAUGUUCUUGCGUCGAGCGGAAUGCCGGGUAAUGUCUUUGGUAUUCUGACGCAUCUCGAUUUGUUCAAGAAACAGAGCACUCUUCAGGCGGCGAAGAAGCGUCUCAAACACCGAUUCUGGAGCGAACUGUACAACGGCGCCAAGUUAUUCUACCUCUCUGGUGUUGUCAAUGGCCGGUAUCCUGACCGCGAGAUCCACAAUCUCUCUCGUUUCCUGUCCGUGAUGAAAAACCCUCGGCCCCUGGUGUGGCGUAACUCCCACCCAUACGCACUCGCAGAUCGAUUCCUGGACAUCACGCCGCCCACUCAGAUUGAAGAGAAUCCGAAAUGUGACCGGACAGUGGCGCUCUAUGGAUAUUUGAGGGGCACAAACUUCCCCGCCCAGGGGGCGCGGGUGCAUGUGCCCGGAGUCGGUGAUUUGACCGUGUCAGGAAUUGAAUCUCUGCCGGAUCCUUGUCCAACCCCUUUCAUAGACCAGCAAAUGGCCAAGGCCUCGGGCAAAUCCAAGCAGCGCCGAUUGGGAGAGAAGCAGAAGCUUCUUUUUGCACCCAUGUCCGAUGUUGGUGGUGUGCUUGUGGAUAAAGAUGCAGUUUACAUCGAUGUCAAAACGUCAAAUUUCGACAGAGGCGAAGAUGACUCCGAAAAUGAAGAGCGUGGUCUCGGAGAGCAGUUGGUCGUUGGCCUACAGGGUGAGCGGAGACUGCUCGGUGAGGCCGAUGGCGGUGUCCGUCUAUUCCGGGGAGGCGAGGCUAUCGAGAAAGACGAUGAAGAGGAUGUCGGAGGCAGAAAGCACAAGAGAACAGUGCGAUUCAUGGAAGGUGGAAAUGAUGACACCGCACCAAACGAUGAAGAUGAAGGUUUUGAAAGUGCUGAAGAAGAAAUGGACGGGGAGGAGGAUGAAAUGGACGGUGGCAGCGACGAAGACGUUGACGUCUCCGCCCCGCCCGAUUUCGAGGCCAGCUUCAAGGAGAAGCAGAACGGUGAUAUUCGUCAAGAGGAAGGGGACAUUGCAUUUGCCGAUAGCGACUCUGAUCUUGGUUCCAUCUCGUCCGUCGAAGACCAAGUCCUAGAGAGCGACGAGGAUGAAGAUAUGGACGACGAAGAUGAUGACGGAACCCUCAGAUGGAAGGAGAAUAUGGCUGCAAAUGCAAAGGCCAUGCAUUCCAACCGGCCAAAGUACCGUGUCGCUGACUUGUCGCGUAUGAUGUACGACGAGUCUGUUUCUCCGAUCGAUGUUAUCCGGAGAUGGACCGGCAAAGGAGAGGAUGCAGAAGAAGCCGAACAAGAUGAUGACGAGGACGAGCUUUUCCGGAAGGCCGAUACUAAGAAGGAGGAACAGUCGGACUUCCGUGCCGUGCCUGAGUACGACUACGAGGAGUUGGAACAGAAAUGGCAGGAUGAUGACCUUAUUGAGUCUCUGCGGAAGCGGUUUGUCACCGCCAAACUUUCUGGUGGUGAUGAUGAUGACGACGAAGAAGAAGAUGGCUACGAAGAUGACGACGACGAAGGAGAUGGUGCCUUCGAGGACCUCGAGACGGGUGAGGUUUUUAACGGUCUCUCCGACGAUGAAGCCGACGAACCUAAAGAAGAAGGUCCCGUCGACUUGGAUGCGGAGCGUGAGCGCAAUGCGAAGAAGAAAGAAGAGCUGAGAUUGCGCUUUGAGGAAGAAGACCGAGAGGGAUUCGCAAACGCGAAGGACAACUCGCGUGGCGGAGAAGAAGAAUUUGGCGAAGACGACUGGUACGAUAUGCAAAAGGCGAAGCUCCAGAAGCAGCUUGACAUCAACCGAGCCGAGUUUGAUUCCCUUGACCCAGCCUCCAGGGCGCGGGCUGAGGGAUUUAAGGCUGGUACAUACGCCCGUAUCGUCCUCGAAAAGGUCCCCUGCGAAUUCGCUACGAAGUUCAACCCUCGCUUCCCCGUGAUCAUCGGUGGGCUGUCACCCACUGAAGACCGGUUCGGUUACGUCCAGAUUCGGAUCAAGAGACAUCGUUGGCACAAGAAGAUCCUCAAGAGCAAUGACCCGUUGAUCUUUUCUCUUGGAUGGCGUCGUUUCCAGACUCUGCCUAUCUACAGCACAUCCGACAGUCGUACACGAAACCGCAUGCUGAAAUACACCCCGGAGCAUAUGCACUGCUUCGGCACUUUCUACGGUCCGCUGGUUGCGCCUAACACAGGUUUCUGUUGUGUCCAGUCGCUAUCUAACAAAACGCCGGGCUUCCGAAUUGCCGCCACCGGUGUUGUGCAGAGCGUCGACGAGCACACGGAAAUUGUGAAGAAGCUGAAGUUGACUGGUCUCCCGUACAAGAUCUUCAAAAACACGGCAUUCAUCAAGGACAUGUUCAAUUCGUCUCUGGAGAUUGCCAAGUUCGAAGGUGCCGCCAUCCGAACGGUAUCUGGUAUUCGUGGUCAGAUCAAGCGUGCCCUCAGCAAGCCCGACGGGUGCUUCCGUGCUACCUUUGAAGACAAGAUUCUCAUGAGUGAUAUCGUCUUCCUGCGCGCCUGGUACCCGAUCAAGCCACACCGGUUCUACAACCCUGUGACGAACUUGCUUGAUCUUGAGGACGAGUCCGGUGACAAUGGAUGGCAGGGAAUGCGUCUGACCGGCGAAGUGCGUCGGGAGAAGGGCAUCCCUACCCCGAUGAACAAGGACUCUGCCUACCGUCCGAUCGAGCGACCUACCAGACACUUCAACCCUCUCCGUGUCCCCCGCCAGCUGGCUGCGGACCUUCCCUUCAAGUCCCAGAUCACGCAAAUGCGCGCGCACAAGGACCAGACCUACAUGCAGAAACGCGCGGUGGUCCUGGGCGGCGAGGAAAAGAAGGCGCGCGAUCUUAUGCAGAAACUCACGACGAUGCGCAAUGAGAAGCAAGCCAAGCGUGCGGCGAAACAGGAGGAGCGGAGGAAAGAAUAUCGGGCUAAGGUUGCGGAGAGUCUGGAGAAGAAGGCGGCUCGUGAGCGACGAGAGCGCGACGAGUACUGGAGGCGCGAGGGUAAGAAGCGCAAGAACCCCGAGGAGGCAGGGGGCGGAGGCAAGAAGCGUCGUUGA